CGACGACAGCCUCUCCGUUUUCACAAACUUCGUGAUACGUCUUUCCUGAAAAGGCUGUUAAAUCAUCUCAGUCUGGACAGGAUUACAUUAAAGUAUCGUAACCUGCACUGCGGGCUGUGUAGUGGCAGGAUCCUCGCUGGGUACUUGCCUAUCGACAUCCACAACAUGAUUGAUCUGCGCACUCCAUGCAUGCAGCAGUUGGUGACCAGAACAACUUCUCUGAUCGAAAUUAUAUUGCGUGGGUAGUGAAAUGGACAGAUAUCAACUACUUAUAUACGUAGGAUCGCACUGUUCCGUCUGCGCAUCAUGUAUCAACGAGAUGCAUUACUUAUCGUCUCGUCUCAAUACUACGAUGGGGCCUUUCUGUUGCUGAUUCUCUUACCUUCCUGCCCACUCUCUUCUUGUAAUGUCGGGCGUUUAUCUACUGUUGGACGACUCUAACCCUCUGAUUUCGUACAAUGGCCCAUGGAAUAUAGGCGUUUCCAGCUAUGGAGACUCUCAUUGUUUGGGUGUAGGCUCGGACGGCAGCCUAUCCGUGACAUUCAGCGGUACUUCGAUAGCGUUUGCUGGUAGUACGCCGGGCGUGCUAGACGCAAUGCCGUUUCAAGUCAACAUUGACAACGGAUAUGUUGAGGAUACGUCGUAUCUGGAUGAGAAUCAUUAUGAACGGUGGUACCAGUCACCGACACUAGGGGAUGGGAUUCAUACCAUCAACCUGACUGGGCUAGUGAACGGUACUGAUUUGGAUUAUGUCCUCGUCGAGGCUGGUCCUUCGACGUCUCUCGCUAAUUCAUCCAUCAUAAUCGACGAUAGCAGUGCGGAAAUUCGGUAUUCUGCAGGCUGGGAUCGGAAUACCGAUUCACUGGGUUAUGUAGAUGGCGUGUUCUUUUCGCCCUUUGGUGGCGGUACAACGGAGAGUACGACACAGAAUAAUUCAUUUUCAUUCCAAUUCGCUGGCACCGCCGUGUACGUUUAUGGCGUCCAUAAAGCCGUCGAAGGUGCCGUUGCGGCGCAAUUCAGCGUGGACGACUCGCCGGUGUCGUUCGUAUCGCUGGACCCUAUGGUGCGGGAGGACGAAGACAUGGUCAAUUACCUGUUCUUUGAAAACACCAGACUCGAGCCUGGUAAUCACACCCUGAUGUGCAACGUGACAGAAAUCACCGGCAACCAGUCCUUCGUGCUCGACUACAUCGUUUAUGCUCCAUCUUUUGUAUCGAUAUCUGACAAACCGAAUUUCUUUCCCCAGCCCGGGGCAAACGCCUCCAAUCCUUCGAGUCAUUCUAGGCAUAGUGCUUCGAACUUGGCAAUAUCUGCAGGGGCUAUUGCCGGUGUCGUUGCUGGAGUCACUGUGUUUUGCUUUGUCGUUCUGGCGCUGAGCGUCAUUUGGUGUAGGGGAGGAAAGCGAAGAAUCGUAAUGCUUUCACGGUCGUCGUCCUUUGGUGAUGCCACGGUUGCGUCUGGGGGAUUAUUUCCCCCCGAACCAUCGAUGUAUUCUAGUGACACUCAGGUCGUUCGCACACCUCUUGUACCGAAUCGGUUUGAUCCGAACCUAUUCGUAUCGAACGAGGUCUGGCCCCCAAAGUAUCCUUCGUCUCGAUUAUCACUUUCAUCGCGUUUCAGGGAUUUUGGGAUUGGUUGGGGGUAUUCAAAAAGGACUCGUAGUUAUCCGGAGAAGCUUUGAUGGAACCAAGGGUUCUUACUUAUUUAUAUUAAUCUUUUACCGGCUUCAACGUUUGAAUUUUGAUGUAUUACAGACAGAUUUGUCGGCUCGCAAGGUCAUGAAUAGAUAG